CCAAUCCGAGUGGACAGCGCUAAUGUUGUGUUUGCUCACAUGGCAUCUUGGACACAAACCCGUCCCAGUAGCGAGGCUUAUGGGAGUCCAGUGCACUCGAAACAUUCACCAACACGGGUUUUUACGCGCAAACUAGGGCUCAAUGAACUUGGGUUUUACUACGAUGGCAAAAUUAAUGGCACUGCAGAUAGCGUCAGCCAUUCAACUCUCCGUGCGGCCCCCGGAAUUGUUACAUUGACCAAUGUCACCCGCGUAUGGACAAUGCUCAAGCACCGUUAUCCCUUACUGGGAGCCUCGGUCUAUCAUGUGGAUUCCGAGCCCCAACUCCGCGUUGACGAGGACCGUUUGGCAUCUUUGUCUGUUGGAGAGCUCACAUGGGCAACAGUGCCUACCAAGGAAACGGCGAACGCUUUAGCCGCCUCUAUUGUCCAUGAAGAGCGCAAACUCUCUGAUGCUCUCCUCGCAAGGGUAGAAGUCUGGACUCAAAACGAUGAACCGUCCAUAUCUCAUCUCAUGAUACAUCUGGCGCACUUGAUCACGGACGGAGUCAGCGGCACCAAUUUACUGAGGACUUUCCUGACUUUUCUUUCGUCACCUGAGGACAAUUUAAAUGGCCCAAUACCAGCGAUUGAAACCCGGCUGGCACUAGCAGUAUCUGCGGAGUCGCUCACGCCACCUGCUCGUUCAUUCUCUUUGGCGCGUCAGAGGUGGCGAAAAGCUGCAGGGAAGAUCAUUUCAAAAAUGCAGGACUCCAAGCGCCAGGGUGGACAUACUCUGCCCAGAGCAUUCGGCCCCAUAGCGGCACGGAUUCCGGCGCGCUCCGCCAUGCGGCGGGUACAACUUUCACCAGCUGAAACCUCACGUCUGUUGCAAAAUUGCCGCCACUGUCGUAUCACAGUCGGAAACGCGCUUCCUGUCCUUGCUCAGGUGGCUCUGGCCCGCGUGCUCUGUCGGAAAUUCCUUCGCGGAGAAAUCGAGGCUGCUGAAUGGGAGUUCAGGCGUCAACAGCCUUCACAUACUGCGGGGCCCGUCAAUAUACGGCCUUACCUCGAUUCCAACUGGUAUCAGGCAGGAGGGAAAGAGAACGUUUCCGUCUACGUCGGAUAUUUUUAUUUGACUGCAAGUUUUACACCUCUCCCGCGACUCAGUCUCGGAGAUCGCCUUCCAGAAAUGACAGAACUGAUGUCGCAUGGCCGAUUCCUGCUGCGCUGUAACCGCAUGAAGCAACUUGCAACCAAGUAUCUCCAACACCCACUCUUUUUCGAAAUAGGGGCCGCUCGAUUGGAAAACAAGAUACCCAUUCAAAAGGAAGUCGCACAGAAGAUAAUCUCAGGGCAGAAAUUCGCUGACCCCAACACACUUAAUGCAUCGCCGAUGGAGCAAGUCCGGCACACUGGGAGCGUGUUUAGUCAUGCUUGGAGUACUUUUGGCAACGUGCUUUCUUUUCCUUCCGCUCAAAACUCGUCGCCUGACUAUUCGAUAACCUAG